AAUACAGAUAUACUCCACAUAACACCUCAAACCCACCCACGCCCCUACCCAACCCCAUCCUUUGCAACACCUCGUGUAAUCCGUCCGCCGCCGCCGUCGAUCAUCACCACUCCUGCUGUAAGUCUCUUGCUCCGAUCAUCACUACUCCUUCUCCGACGCCGACGAUCUCUGCGAGGUUACUGAGAGGGAGACCUCAUCUUCAAAACCCUAACUGAGCUACUAAUUAUGGAAAGGGAAGGCGAAAGAUCAGUGAUGGGUUUGUCGAUCGGAUUUGGGUAGAGAGAGACAGAGAGUACUUCAUAGAGGUUUGAUUCUUUCCCAUUUCUCUUCACAAAUUUAUGUAUAAAGGUUGUUUUGGGGGCCAUUGAUUGAUGCAUGCAUAUUCUUUUCUUUGGCUUGGGUUUCGUCAUGUUCAACAACAAAAAAGGAGAAUCAACCCAACCAAUUGAUAUGACAGAUUGUGUUUUGUUUUUCAGAUUAGUAUAUAAUGGUUGAUUUUUACGAUUUUUAAUUCUAAUCUGCAUAUAAAUGUUAUUUUGUUAUCGAUUGGAGUGAUGUCUGCAUAUGUUUUUAUCUGAGUUCCGCUGGUUCAUCUUCAUUGAGAGAGAGAGAGAGAGAGAGAGUCAAUUGAAGAAGUUGAUGUCAGAUGUUUGUUUUGGUUUUUGUGGUGUGUGCAUUAGGCCAGAAUUCUUACAAUUGUUUUUCGCCAAUACGAAGCUGUUAUUUUGGUGAUGAGUGCAUGUGUUUUAAUCUGAGUUGCGUUUAUAAUUUUGAGAGAGAAAAAGAGAGCGAGAGAGAGGGGGAAAAAGGGUCGAUGUUGAUGAUCAGACUAAAAUUCCGUGUGGCGUUUAGCUUACGUGCUCAUAAAUUGUAAAGAUUAAUUUUGGAUAUUUAUUGUGCUCAGUUCUCUUGCUUUUUUGCUAGCAUUUUAGUUGUGAACUUACGCUGCACUGAAUUGGUACAUGUUGGUAGAUCUCUGCUAUGAACAUUGAUUUGUAGACACCUUUUGUUCAUUCACAUUUUGAUAUAAGAGCCGGGACAGUUUUCUUAGAGACAGCUUGAAGUAAAUUAGAAACUGUUGCUCAAUCUUGGAGCAGGGGUAGGGACUUGCUCUAUGUAGCGUGUCCUACGUUUGUUGCCAGAUCUCAAAACAUAGAGACGUGUUGCAGGUUUUUGUCAGCCACGCAUUAGCAACCCAGCUCUUUUACGAGAAAGCCCCUGCACAAGGAGACAAAACCCAAGGAAAAUGAACCGUCGGUUUGGACACAGAAGGACAACGGAUUUCAGAGGCUAUCCAUAGCCUAGAAUUCCAAACGUCCACUAUAGGGCUCGAACUCUAGCCUCUCACAUGGGGAGGACUAGAAGAUGCGAGCUGGCCUAGAGCCCAUUCACCAUAAAUUUCAAUUUAAUCAGUGACCAAUGCUCUGUCAAAAAAAAAGAAAUAAUAAUAAAAUCUGUGACCAAAACAAACUAAAACUUGCAGAUUUCAGCUUUUUAUGCAUCUGGAGCUACAACUUCCGUCCAAGAAGCCAUAAUACUAAAAUCUGAUGAUGGUUCUAUUUAGUAAAAGGUAAUCUUCAUCAUGAGGUUGUACUCGGAGGUAAAUAAAAAUUGAGUUCAUCCUUAAUGGGAAUUAAGUCUUGGUUUUCUAGACCCACAGGUAAUUUUCUGAUUGGAUUAUGGAGGAUUAUAGCUAUGGGAUUAUUAGUUCGGAGACUAAAUAGUCCAUGGAGGACUAUUUGGUGGUUAAUCCUCCCUGUCCCAUGUUUGUUUAUCUAUGGGAUUACGUGAUGGACAAGUCAAGUCCAACCAUAAUCCUCCAUAUACCAUGUUUGUUUUGAAUCUUCUUGACAAGGAUUAGCAGUUCAAUUGGCUAUGUUGCCCCCAAAGCUUUUUACAAGCCCGCCCAUACUUAUAAUCUAUCUGUUGUAUAAAUUUUACCAACAAAAUUAAUUUUUCAAUUAGAUAGAAUAGCCCUAAUGCUUUAUUUGCAAGCCAUCUAUGGGGCAUUUGGUAAGUUUCUCUAGUCCGGCGAUCCUCCUAAUCCCAGGGCUAAUAGAAUCCCCCGCCCCGAUUGUUUUGUCCCAAACUAACAAGGCCCAAAUCUCUCUCUCUCUCUCUCUCUCUCUCCGAAACUCGCCUCCGCUCAUCCCUCAGUCGAAAGUGACUCGAAACCCACCACCCUACCCCCUUCAGUUGUUCUCCCUAGGUUAUUCAUUAUUUAGAAUUGACUCAAUUGAGAAUUCCCAUCAAGGGUUUGUAGCUACUGGCAUCAGGAAAGGAUAAAGUAGCGAUUGUCUCCUAAAAUUUGAGUUCCUGUUUGCAGAAAGGUUGGUGUCUGCUAGAAUGGAGGACGGGAAAGAAGAUGAGACUGUUUUUCUCAAUUGCACUUCUCGAGCAACGAGAGGCAAAAGGAUGACCAAGUUGCUUGAUGAGGAGAUUGAAGAGGAUGAAUUGUUCUGGAAUCAGGAUGCUCUGAAAGAGGAUGAAAAUGACGAAAAUUAUGAAGAAGUUGAGGGGGAGGUUGCCGAUGUUUUUGAUAGUGACUUUGAUGAUGAUGAACCGGAGCCAGAUGAAGAAAUAGAAAAUGAAGGAGAUGGCAGGGAGAGAACAAAGAAGAAACUAAUAUUUCCUGGAAAGCAAUUGCCAAAGAGAAAGAAGAAAAAGGUCCUUUCCAAACUAGGAAAAGAUCCCAAGGACGAAAGAGCUCCGGAGCGGUCUACCCUGCCUGAACAUCAUGAUAUGCCCGACGAUGUGGAAGAGAAAACGGUUAGGAAAUCGACAAGGACUUCAGUUAUUGUGAGGCAAGCUGAAAGAGAUGCAAUACGUGCAGCUUUGGAAGCAACGAUGAAGCCAAUUAUUAGAAGGAAAAAGGAAGGCGAGGAGAAGAGGAUGACCCAAGAAGAGAUGCUUCUGGAAGCAGCUCAAACAGAAAUCAUGAACUUGAGACACUUGGAAUGCGUGUUAGCAAGGGAGGAAGAAUUUAAGAAAAGAGCGGUCGUGUACAAAGCAGUUUAUAGUGGCCCUCAGACACGAUAUCUUUCUAGAAAUGGUAAAUCCUAUCUAGAAUUCAGUAAAGGAUUGUCAUUUCAGGCAAAGAUUUCUACAGGUUCCACUCCGUAUCCGAAGAGGGCUGUGUGUGCAGUUACUGGGUUGCCUGCGAAGUACCGUGAUCCAAAAACUGGGCUACCUUAUGCAACGAAAGAAGCUUUUAAAAUAAUUCGCGAACGUUUGGAGGAAAACAGCAGAGCUAGUGAGAAGAAGAGCAUGGGGUUUCUUUGUGAUGUGAUUUCUGGGGAAGGAUUUUCCAAAAAGCAGAAGAGAUCAGUUAUUCCAAAUAUGAGGGAGGCAUCUGAUUUUUGGUAUUCAGCUCGCUUCCGCACCAUUCCAGCUCUUGAAAUAAUCGAUGACUCUGAGUAGCUGUCGUUGUAAAGAAGAGGUCAGCCGCUCACAUCCGGCUUUCUAGGCAAUUUGGGCUGGAGAUUGGAUCCUUGAGGGCCCAAGGUUGAAAUGAUAAUGUGUAGGAUCAACACGUUUAGAAAGCAAUAGCAUGUUUCUGUUACAAAUAUAGGAUACCUUGGCUAUUAUGCUUGAACUAUUAAGAUAUGCCCAGUGUUCUGGGGUUUGGUAAGUUGUUAAAUUGAGUCAAUUGACUAGACCGUCAGAAAAGGGACGAGACUUGUCGAAUCAGGAUCGAUGUGAUGAGUGAUCCUCAAAAAAAUAAGACCCCAUCACAAUCCGUAUGAUGUAUAAAUGCUGAAUCGGUAUGAUGUAUAAAUGCUGAAUCGAUAACCGGAGAAUGCUGUAAAUGCUUAAUCGAUAACCGGAGAUCUGCUGGCAUACGAACUAUUGUAUUGACCUAGAA